AACUGAUAUUGUUAUCUUUAGGUGCUAAAGGCGACUAGAAAUUCGCCGGUUAUCAAACGCCUUCAAAUAUCUCAUAGUUCAACUUCAACUUUCACCAUGUUCGCGUCUCGGAAGCUCGGAAAGUUGAUGCGUGUGGCGGGCGCGUGCCGUCAGAAGCACACACUGCCAGACCUGCCGUAUGAGUACAGCGCCCUGGAGCCGGUGAUCAGCCGCGAGAUCAUGGCGCUGCAUCACAGCAAGCACCACGCCACCUACGUUGCGAACUUGAAUGCUGCUGAGGAGAAACUGGCUGCUGCACAAGCUAAAGGUGACAUUGACACCGUCAUCAACCUGGCCCCGGCCCUCAGAUUCAAUGGUGGUGGCCACAUCAACCACUCCAUUUUCUGGCAGAAUCUCUCCGCCAACGGCGGAAAGCCCUCCGACCAGCUCACCAAGGCUAUCAAUCAGGACUUUGGUUCUGUAGAGAACAUGAAGAAUCAGCUUGCGGCCUCGUCUGUGGGCGUCCAGGGUUCGGGUUGGGGCUGGCUCGGUUACAACAAGCAGAUGAAGAAGCUGCAGAUUGCCACUUGCUCCAACCAGGACCCUCUACAGGCCACUACUGGAUUGGUGCCACUUUUCGGUAUUGACGUCUGGGAGCACGCCUACUACCUCCAAUACAAGAACGUUCGCGCCGACUAUGUAAAAGCCAUCUUCGAUGUCGCCAACUGGGCCGAUAUCUCGGCCAGGUACGACAAGGCCCUGAAGUAAACUGCAUUUAUGGUUUAACCUUUUUAGAUAUACAAGCUUUAAUCACAUAGUGAUUUAGUUGUGAUACCUGUGAACAUCAUUAUAAUUUAUAAGUGAAUUA